UGCCGCGGCUCUCAGCGGGAGGGCCUUGGAAACCUUGCGCUCACAUCGAACAGUUUCCAGCCUCCCGGGCAAGGGAACAGUCCCCUCCCUUGCCUGGGCCUCUGGAACCAUUUCGUUCUGGUGAAAGUAAGAGGCAGCCUAGGACGAGAAGCCUUUCGCGGAGAUAAGGCUGACAUGCCCGUCUUAUAUGACAGAUUAUUGAAGCUAAAGGAGAUGUUUAACUCUAAGUUUGGAUCCAUUCCCAAGUUUUAUGUUCGAGCACCAGGAAGAGUCAACAUAAUAGGGGAGCAUAUAGAUUACUGUGGAUAUUCAGUUCUUCCUAUGGCUGUAGAACAAGAUAUGUUGAUAGCUGUGGAACCUGUGAAAACACACACUCUCCAACUGGCCAAUACCAAUCCCUUAUACCCUGACUUCAGUACUAGUGCUAAUAACGUUCAGAUUGACAAAACCAAGCCUCUGUGGCACAACUAUUUCUUAUGUGGAUUUAAAGGAAUUCAGGAACACUUUGGUCUUAGUGACCUGACUGGAAUGAAUUGCUUGGUGGAUGGAAACAUCCCACCAAGUUCUGGCCUUUCCAGCUCCAGCGCUUUGGUCUGUUGUGCUGGCUUGGUGACGCUCACGGUGCUGGGAAUGAACCUAUCCAAGGUGGAACUUGCAGAAAUCUGCGCCAAGAGCGAGCGUUAUAUUGGCACUGAAGGAGGAGGGAUGGACCAGUCCAUAUCAUUUCUUGCAGAAGAAGGAACUGCCAAGUUGAUAGAAUUUAGUCCUCUGAGGGCAACUGAUGUGAAACUCCCAAGUGGAGCAGUGUUUGUGAUUGCCCACAGUUGUGUGGAAAUGAAUAAGGCAGCAACAUCGCAUUUCAAUAUCAGGGUGAUGGAGUGUCGGCUGGCUGCAAAGCUCCUGGCUAAGUCAAAAAGCUUGCCAUGGGAUAAAGUACUGCGGCUGGAGGAGGUACAGGCCAGACUCAGGGUCAGUCUGGAAGAAAUGCUGUUGAUCACAGAGGAUGCCCUUCACCCGGAGCCCUACAGCCCUGAGGAGGUCUGCAGCUGUCUCGGAAUUAGCCUGCAGGAGCUCCGAACCCAAAUCCUGAGUCCAAACACUCAAGACGUGCUCAUCUUCAAACUCUACCAGCGGGCAAAGCACGUGUACAGUGAGGCUGCUCGAGUGCUCCAGUUUAAGAAGAUAUGUGAAGAAGCACCUGACAACAUGGUCCAGCUGCUGGGGGAGUUAAUGAACCAGAGCCAUGUGAGCUGCCGGGAUAUGUACGAGUGUAGCUGCCCCGAGCUGGACCAGCUGGUGGACAUCUGUCGGAAGUUUGGGGCUCAAGGGUCACGACUUACUGGAGCAGGAUGGGGAGGCUGCACCGUGUCAAUAGUACCUGCGGACAAGCUGCCCAGCUUCCUAGCAAAUGUGCAUGAAGCUUAUUACCAGAGGAGCGACCGGAGCUUAGCGCCAGAGAAGCAGAGUUUGUUUGCUACCAAACCUGGAGGUGGGGCUUUGGUUUUCCUUGAGGCCUAAACAAUGUAAAAAAUCUCAGAGAAACUAUUUAGGGUAUUUAGGAACUGGCAGGACUUCUUAUGCCACAGUAAAUUAAUCCUCUUUCUGUUUUGUAUUAUGAUGAACGGUUGCUAUUAUCAAGAUACAUUUCCAAAGAAACAGUUGAAAGCCCUCUAUGCAUCAUAAUGAUUAUUUUUCCAUAUUAAAAUAUGUUUUCUACAAAUAACAGCUAAAAUUAUGCUUGGACACAUCUCUUAAGGAUGAUUUUCUGAGAUUUAUUGAUUUCAAGAUUUUUAAAGAUGAAUGGUAAAAGACACUCAAUUCUGACCUCAUGGAUUGAACUGGAGUUAAACAUAGUGCUACAAUUAAACUGAUACAAUCGAAUUGUAAGCAAUGGUCUUAAAUAAAGUUGAUUUCUGGUUUUUCUUGA